AAAGCUUGAUUCACUUCCAAAAGAGACCUGAUACAGAAGUCAUAAAAUGUCGAACGUUCCGGCCGCAGCGUUGGUCAACAAACAGCGCAAACACUUUAUAGGUAUGGGUGCACCACUGGGUUAUGUAGCUGGUGUGGGUAGAGGAGCCACAGGAUUCACUACCAGAUCUGAUAUUGGACCUGCUCGUGAGGCUACAGAUGUAACUGAUGAACGCCACGCUGCUCCUCCCAAAAAGAAGAAGGAUGACGAUGAAGACGAGGUUGAUUUGAACGACAUGAAUUAUGAUGAGUUUGCUGGCUAUGGUGGUUCUCUGUUCAGUAAACAUGAUCCUUAUGAGAAAGAUGACGAAGAGGCAGAUGAAAUUUAUCAGGCUAUAGAUGAUAGAAUGGAUGAGAAGCGUAAACAAUACAGAGAGGACAGAUUUAAACGAGAAAUAGAGAAAUAUCGUCAAGAAAGGCCCAAGAUUCAGCAACAAUUCUCAGAUCUUAAACGAGACCUGACAGAUGUGUCUGCUGAGGAAUGGCAGAGUAUACCGGAUGUAGGAGACUCCAGAAACCGGAAGAAAAGGUUGGCUGGACUCAGAGAGAAGUAUACUCCGAUAUCUGACAGAAUUCUCUCUAACGGUCUAGGUGGAGGUGGGAUGUCAAGUAGUUUAGAUCCAACGAGUGGAGUUGCCAGUAUGCUGCCGGGAAUAUCAACAGUUAUACCUGGAACCAUGACAAAUAUAGGUAUGUUGACCCCAACUGGUGACCUGGAUUUAAGGAAAAUAGGCCAGGCUAGAAACACGUUGAUGGACUUAAAACUUAAACAAUCCAGUGACAGCGUUUCUGGACAAACUGUCGUGGAUCCUAAGGGAUAUUUAACCGACCUGCAGUCCAUGAUUCCAACACACGGCGGAGAUAUCAACGACGUCAAGAAGGCGCGUCUUCUCCUUAAAUCUGUUCGUGAGACGAAUCCUCAUCAUCCUCCUGCCUGGAUUGCCUCCGCGAGGUUGGAAGAGGUCACUGGCAAGGUUCAGGCCGCUCGAAAUCUGAUCAUGAAAGGUUGCGAGGUUUGCCCCAAAUCUGAGGAUAUGUGGUUGGAGGCAGUUAGACUGCAACCUCCAGAGGAGGCUAAAAAGGUGGUAAAGCUGGCUGUUGCCCAGAACUCCCAAUAUGUCCGUAUCUGGAUAAAAGCUGCUGAACUUGAGGUGGAAGUGAGAGAUAAACGACGAGUAUUCAGGAAAGCUCUGGAAUCUAUCCCUAACUCCGUCAGGUUGUGGAAGGCAGCAGUAGAGUUGGAGGAGCCUUAUGAUGCGAAGAUUCUACUGAAUAGAGCAGUUGAAUGCUGUCCUACUAGUACAGAACUAUGGAUUGCAUUGGCCAGGUUGGAGAACUAUGAGAAUGCUCGGCGUGUCCUGAACAAGGCUAGAGAUCAUAUCCCUACAGAUCGUCAGAUCUGGAUCACUGCUGCAAAACUAGAAGAGGCAAAUGGAAACGAGAAGAUGAUUGAUAAAAUCAUCGGCCGUGCUAUCUCCAGCUUGACGAGCAACGGUGUUGAAAUCAACAAGGAGAUGUGGAUGAAGGAGGCUGUAGGAGCAGAGAUUGGAGGAAGCAUCUUAACCUGCCAAUCCCUUAUCAGACAUGUGGUUGGACAUGGCGUAGAUGAAGAGGAUAGAAAACAUACCUGGAUGGAGGAUGCUGAAGCGUGCACUAAGCAGGGUGCUCACGAGUGUGCUCGAGCAAUUUACGCGCACGCGCUCUCCAUAUUUCCCUCAAAGAAGACGAUCUGGUUGGCGGCGGCGUACUUUGAGAAGGCGCACGGGACAAGGGACAGUCUAGAGACCUUAUUGCAGAAGGCGGUAUCACAUUGUCCUACGGCGGAGGUUCUUUGGUUGAUGGGAGCUAAAUCUAAAUGGAUGGCGGGAGACGUUCCAGCUGCCAGAUCUAUUCUUUCUCUGGCCUUCAAAGCAAAUCCUAACUCUGAGGAAAUCUGGUUAGCUGCGAUCAAACUAGAAUCAGAGAACAACGAGUACGCACGUGCGCGUAAGCUUCUGGGACGUGCGCGAGAGUCUGCCCCCACGUCCCGUGUGUUCAUGAAAUCCGCAAAGCUUGAAUGGGCCCUAGAUAAUAAGAUUGAAGCGCACAGUUUGGUUUGUGAAGGAUUAAAACAGUUUCCUGAAGCUGACAAGCUGUGGAUGAUGAAGGGUCAGCUUGAGCACGAAAUGAACCGGAUAGACGAGGCUAGAUCUACCUAUCAGGAGGGGACUAAGAAGUGUCCGGAGUCUAUACCACUCUGGAUACUCCUAGCUGACCUAGAACUCUCUCUCAAGAAUACAACUAAGGCUAGAUCAGUUGUAGAGAAAGGAAGACUGAGGAAUCCUAAGAACGCUGAACUUUGGCUUAAAUCCAUCCGGAUUGAAUCCAGCACAGGUAUGCAUGAUAUAGCGAAGGCAGUGCUGGCGCGAGCACUUCAGGAGUGCCCAAGUGCCGGUAUUCUCUGGUCCGAAGCUAUAUUUAUGGCACCAAGGCCAGAAAGAAAAACGAAAUCAGUGGAUGCCCUCAAGAAUUGCGAGCACGACCCUGCAGUACUGUUAGCAGUUUCAAAACUCUUUUGGUCAGAACGUAAACUUCAGAAAUGUCGGGAUUGGUUUGCGCGAACAGUAAAGCUUGAACCAGAUUUCGGAGAUGCCUGGAUUCAUUAUUAUAAAUUUGAACUACUUCACGGAACCCCAGAGCAGCAGGAGGAUGUGAAGAAGCGUUGUAUCUCUGCCGAGCCCCACCACGGAUCCUUGUGGUGUACCUACAGCAAGGAUAUCAGGCACUGGCAGGAGAAGAUAGAGUUCUUCCUCCUUACAGGAGCAAACAAACUCCUGCCCCCAACAUAAACAAUAUUUAUCUUUGUUUGUACGAGGAAGGAGGAAAUGGACAAUAUAUAUUCAUAAAUGUAAAUUUUCUUCAAUGUUCAUUAGGGACCUAAAUAAGAUCAUAACUAAAUUUUAUUGAAAUCCCUUCCAACAUGUAAUAUAUCGUCACGAGGUUUAUAAAAGCCUUCAUAUUUUUUUCUAUGUAUAAAUGUGACACAGCUACCUGUUUUAGA